AGGGAUUUACGAUGCCGCCCGGAGAAGCCUACGUUGCCGUGCAACCGCGGGAUUUCAUUGAAGGCUGAUUAGCGCUGUUCACGUCUCCAUCUCAGAUAAUUUUCACCGUCAAGACCAUUGACGUCUUAGAUCAACUUCCGCCUCAUGCGCUGGAGGAAAUUUUCAACGAGCCAAAAGGAAUGCUGGACAUUGACUGGCACAUACAAUGGAGGCGAAGAGAAGCGACGCCAGGAGCGUACAAAUUCCACGCCAUGUCCGACGAACAAGCCUUCGCAGCGAGCCUUCAUCGAGCCGAUCACCAAAGCAAGCACGUGGUCCCCAUUCACAAGCCUCUGUGGUGUUAGAUGCAGACGGAAAUCUCGUAUAGAUACUAGGAGUCAUUCUGUCCAUGGCUGGGAGAAUGAGAAAGAUACCUUACCCACAUCGUACGCAGAGCCGCCUGCUAGAUAUCCGCAUCUAGGGGCAAAUAUAUGGCGCGGGUCACAGGGAGAUGUCCCUCGAAGAAAGUCAGUAUUGAUACCAAGGGACGACGCGCCGCCCACCGCAGCCAAUGCGUGUGAGGCACAGGCACAAACGGAUCCCUCCUACGCACUGGCGCACUAUGACUACAUCUACGAUGUGAUUGUGGAUAACCCGGACCAGAAAACCAGGCUUCGACGCCGGAUGCUUCUCAGCUUCAACACCGAAGCCAAUCUCAUGUCGGAAGAGAUCCAACAGCGACUCCGGGCCCCAGUUCAACCUGUCGAACACCCCGCUAUCUCAGGUCCUGAUCAAAAGAACUAUGCAUCCUUAGGCAUUGCUAAGAUCAAAUGGACAUUUAUCGGGAAGCCUCAAGUCUUUGAGGCUGCGUUCCAUGUCGUGCGUGAUCUAGACGCAGAUCUUUUGCUUGGAAGGCCAUCAAUACAGACGUUGUCACUGGACCAAAUAGACCCUGAGAUCGCACAGCGCUUGCAUGUGUAGGAGCUUUAUUGGAAAGUUCUUUCUGUUUUUCGUGUGACUCUCGGUAAAUUUUGCUUCCCACUUGUUGU